GGCCCUGCCUCCCCAAGCCUCCGCCGUCGCGGCUGGCGGGGUGGGGGGGGCUUAUUCCCGCCCUGUCGCCUCCAGCAGUGAUCUCUGGGUCCAGGUUCGCCAGGGCUGGGUGUCCUUAAUAGGUGGAGACUGUCUGACUUGUUCCUGUCGUGAAUGAUCUUGAGAGCAAAUCUACUCAGCCAUGUCAUACGGUGUGAGUUUUGGGGAUCCUAAUCAACUAGCCCAACGCAUAACUUCUAACAUCCAGAAGAUCACACAAUGCUCUGCUGAAAUACAGAGAAUACUACAUCAGCUUGGAACACCACAAGACACGCCUGAGUUGAGGCAACAGCUGCAACAGAAGCAGCAAUACACCAACCAGCUUGCCAAAGAAACUGAUAAACACAUUAAAGAAUUUGGAUCUUUGCCUGCAACAAGUGAACAGCGUCAAAGAAAAAUACAGAAAGACCGUCUUGUUGGGGAGUUCACCACAGCACUAACAAAUUUCCAAAGACUCCAAAGGCAAGCUGCUGAGAAAGAAAAAGACUUUGUAGCCAGAGUAAGAGCCAGCUCAAGGGUAUCUGGUGGUGCUCCUGAAGAUACCUACAAGGAACGAACACUUGUCUCUUGGGACAGUCAACCACAGGCACAACAAGUGCAAGAUGAGGAAAUUACAGAAGAUGAUCUCCGUCUUAUUCAGGAGAGGGAAUCUUCCAUUAGGCAGCUUGAGGCAGAUAUUAUGGACAUCAAUGAAAUUUUUAAAGAUCUAGGAAUGAUGAUCCAUGAGCAAGGUGAUGUGAUAGACAGCAUAGAAGCCAAUGUGGAGAAUGCAGAUGUACAUGUGCAGCAGGCAAACCAGCAGCUGUCAAGAGCAGCAGACUACCAGAUCCCGAAAGAAGAUGUGCAUCCUCAUCAUUGUACUUGCUGUUGGAGUAUUGCUUCUUGGAAUCAUCCUAUGGUUAGCUAUAGGAUAAGCCUCUGGAGAAAGUGUUGUAAUUGGUAUUUAAAUUAUGAAAGGAAAUUCCUAGUCAUGGUUUGUUCAUCAUGAAGCUGAAUAAAAUAAUAGUCCUGUA